UGAUAACGCUUCUCCUUCCUUUUCCAACCACCAGGUGAAAACCCCCGCGCAAUCAUGUCCGACGAUGAAGUUGAUCAGGUAGAGGAGGAGAAGCCAAAGUUCAAGCCCUCAGCACCUAAGAUCCCCGACGGGGAGAAGGUGGAUUUCGAUGACAUCCAGAAGAAGAGGCAGAACAAGGACCUGGUGGAGCUGCAGGGCCUGAUCGACACUCACUUUGAGCAGAGGAAGAAGGAGGAGGAGGACAUUAUCGCCCUCAAGACGAGGAUUGAGAAGCGUAGAGCGGAGAGAGCUGAGCAGCAGAGGAUCCGAGCGGAGAAGGACAAGGAGCGUCAGGCCAGACGCGAGGACGAGAGACAGAGGAAGGAGGAGCUCGACGCCAAGAGGAAAGCAGAUGAUGAGGCCAAGAAGAAGUCCGCCCUGUCCAGCAUGGGCUCCACCUACAGCAGCUACUUACAGAAGGCUGACCAGAAGAGAGGUGGAAAGAAACAGACUGAGAGAGAAAAGAAGAAGAAGAUCCUGGCGGAGAGGCGCAAGCCCCUGAACAUCGACCAUCUGAACGAGGACAAACUGAGGGACAAGGCCAAGGAGCUUUGGGAUUGGAUGAAGACCCUGGAGGCUGAGAAGUUCGACCACAUGGAGAAGCUGAAGAGGCAGAAGUAUGAGGUCAUCUCUCUCAGGAACCGGAUUGACGAGCUGCAGAAACACAGCAAGAAGGGAGCCGCCGCUCGCCGCAGAAAGUAGAGCGCCCUCUUUCCGGGAGGGGAGCUCUCCUGCAGCUUGGAGCCGUCCCCUUUGGAGAAACCCGCUUGCCAUCGCAACUCGGAUCGCACACGGAACCACGGCGUGGAAACGGCUCGCGCUGGAUGUCCUACCGUCCGUCUGGUGUCGCGUGGAGCCCAGCAGAACCGCUUGUCGCUGUUGCCGUAGAAAUAGCCACCAAUGCACCUUCUCAACUUGGACUGUUGUUUGGUUCUCCGUUACUUUUUUGUAAAUAAAGCGUGACACUUCAA